AUGGACAAGCGCACCGUGGGCUGCUUGGGAGGAGGUCAGUUGGGUCGCAUGAUGGUUUACGCUGCCCACCGCUUGGGGGUGCGCAUGUGCGUCCUGGACCCCCUGGGCGAACACAGCCCCGCGGGGCAGGUGUCGGAGCUGUCUGUGAAGGGUAGCUUUCAGGAUGCAGAAAAGAUCAGGGAGCUCGCCAGCAAGUGCGACAUUCUGACGCUGGAGGUGGAACACGUGAACGCUCAAGUUCUGGAGGAACUUCAUCAGAAGGGCGUCCCCGUGCAGCCGCUUCCCUUUGUUGUGAAGUUGAUCCAGGACAAGUACGACCAGAAGGUCCACUUGCAGAAGCACAGCAUUCCUUUGCCGGACUUCGAGAAGGUUGACAGCGAACAGCAGCUGCACAGCAUCGGAGAGAAAUUUGGUUUCCCCAUGAUGCUCAAGAGCCGCUUUGGUGCCUACGACGGCAGGGGCAACGCCGUGGUGGCCAAUGCGGCGGCGAUCCCAACGGCCUGGAAGAAACUGGGCGGCCACGAUGGGAAGAAGCUCUAUGUGGAGAAGUGGGCGCCCUUUAAGAUGGAACUGGCCGUGAUGGUGGCUCGCGGCGUCGAUGAGACCAUGAACGUGACCAUGCGCACUUACCCCGUGGUGCACACCGUGCAGCGCGACAGCGUGUGCUUCACAUGUUUGACGCCACCGGUGGGUGUGACCCAGAAGCAGCAGGAACUGGCACAGAAGGUGGCCACUGAUGCCAUCAAGAGCUUUGACGACGCACGCGGCAUUUUUGGCGUUGAGAUGUUCCUGCUGGAGGAUGGCCAGGUGUUGCUGAAUGAGAUCGCUCCGCGCCCGCACAACACGGGACACUACACCAUGGAAGCCUGUGGUGUGGACCAGUUCGAACAACACCUCCGUGCGGUGUUGGGUUUGCCCUUGGGCGACUGCAACCUGCGCGUGGGCGGCGCCAUGAUGGUGAACAUCCUGGGGCAGGGCGAGACCCCGGAGAUGGUGGCGAAGACCAUGGCUCCCCUGCGCCGGGCGCUGCGGGUGCCGGAUGCGGGCAUCCAUUGGUACGGCAAGGAGGGAUGCGUCAAGGGACGCAAGAUGGGCCACAUCACAGUGACGGGUUUCACCCCAGCGAGCGCAUUGGAGGAGAUCCGUCCUGUGUUGAAGGCAGUGGAUGGUGAGGGAAACGACUCAACCAGCAUUGAAGUGCCACACAAGAGCUCUCCCAGCGUGGGCAUCAUCAUGGGUAGCGACAGCGACCUGCCGACGAUGAAGGAUGCCGCUGUGGUGCUGGAUGACUUUGGCAUUCCCUAUGAGAUUAGCGUCGUGUCAGCUCACAGGACGCCUGAGUAUAUGUACGAAUAUGCCACCACUGCAGAGGCCCGAGGGAUCAACGUGAUCAUCGCAGGCGCGGGCGGCGCGGCUCAUUUGCCUGGCAUGGUGGCCGCGUUGACCCCGCUCCCGGUGGUGGGCGUCCCGGUGAAGUCUUCGGCCCUGUCGGGCAACGACUCGUUGCUGUCCAUCGUGCAGAUGCCCAAGGGCAUCCCUGUGGCCACGGUGGCCAUCGGCAACGCGGCCAAUGCCGGGCUGCUGGCCGUGAGGAUCCUGGGCGCGGCCAAUCCAGGCAUGCGCCAGAAGAUGGCACGCUUCAUGUCCAGCGAAUCCACCAUGGUGGAGACCAAGAGAAGAAAAUUGGAAUCCGAGGGCUGGCAAGCAUACCUGGCCGGUAGCAAAUAG